UUAUACAAAAUACCAAAAAUACGAAAUAGUAAUAAUAUGUUAAUAAAGGAAGGUGUCGCAUACUUAUAUAUUGAUAAUAAUACUUUUCAAAAUGGAUGGACUUUAUCGAAAAAUAAUAUAACCUCAAAAACUUCUAUUCCUGGAUUUACUCUUGCUCCAAUUUAUGAUGAUAAAAAUUCUACAAAUUUAUUUUGGUUAUUGUACAAUGAUCAGCCUCCUAAUGAAUCGGUACAUUUUAAUUAUGGACACACAAAGGGAGUAUUCGUUUCAAAUGAAAAUGAAGGAUUUUGGUUAAUUCACAGUGUUCCUAAUUUUCCACCACAACCAAAUAAUGGAGACAUAAUCAAUAAAUCAAGAACUAAAAGGAAUAAAAAUGUAAAACAUACAAAAGCCAAGCAGUUAGUAGUUGGUGAAUAUGCUUAUCCUUCGACAGGAAAAUUAAAUGGACAAAGUUUCUUAUGCAUAUCAACAAAUAAAACCAAUUUUAAUACAAUUGGAAAACAAUUGAUGUAUAAUGAAAUUAUUGUAUAUAAGAAAAAUAUACCAAAUUAUUGUUUAAGCCAAUAUUCCACUCUGGUCGAUGCUGCGCAUCAAGUUCAUAUAACGAAUGGAUCUUACAAUAAUAAAGUUAAUAUAUAUUCCAAAAGUGGAGAAAAAUUUACUUCGUUUGCGAAGAAUAGCAAAUGGGGAAAAGACUUGUAUGAUGAUUUUAUAGCACCACAGUUGAAUACUGAUUUAUACACAGAAACAUGGCUUAAUGGACGUGGUAGAUUACCUUCCGAUUGCCAUCGAUCCAAAGUAUUGAAUAUCCAAUCAAUUACAUUGCCAGUAGCUCAAAUACAAUUUAAAAAUACCCACGACCAUUCUAAAUGGGCUGCGUCUGUUGAGAGCAAUGAUAAAAAUUCAUGGGUUUGCGUGGGAGACAUCAAUCGAGCUAGCACACAAUUUGAAAGAGGCGGAGGAUCCGUUUGUUUAAAUUUACCCCAAGUCUGGAAAGCUUACAAAAAUUCAGUCGACAAUAUUGAACCUUGCCCGAUAAGAAAUUUUAAAUAUUACUUGGACCAAACGAAGGCUUGGUUUGGUUGAUU